AUGGUCUCGAGAACUUUUUUUGCUCCAUUGGAGAGAUUAAAGCUGGAGUAUAUUGUUUGUGGUGAACAGAAGAAUCUUCUUGAACUUGUUAAGACAAUAGCAUCUUCUCAAGGGAUCAGAGGAUUUUGGAAAGGAAAUUUUGUCAAUAUUUUACGUACAGCUCCAUUUAAGUCUAUCAAUUUCUAUGCAUACGAUACAUACAGAAAUCAGCUUCUCAAGUGGUCUGAAAAUGAGGAGACAACAAAUUUUGAAAGGUUACUUGCUGGUGCAGCUGCUGGAAUUACUGCAACUGUUCUCUAUAUACCUAUGGACACUAUCAGGACUGUUAUGGUAGCUCCAGGGGGUGAAGCCUCGGGAGGAUUAAUUGGUACUUUCCGCCACAUGAUCCAAACUGAAGGAUUCUUUUCUCUUUACAAGGGCUUAGUUCCCUCUAUCAUCAGCAUGGCACCUUCUGGUGCUGUUUUUUACGGUGUUUUUGAUAUAUUAAAAUCGGUGUUUCUGGAUUCACCAGAAGGAAUAAAAAGGAUUCAACAUAUGAAACAGCAAGGUGAAGAUUUGAAUGCUUUCGAACAACUUGAGCUGGGCCCAAUAGUCGAACAGGGUGGCUUUCCUGCACUCUAUGCUGGAUUGUCCCGAGCUUAUUACAGGUUUUACCAUCGGCUGCCAUUAGUUAUUUUGUCUACGAGUUCAUGA